AUGGGUGAGCUUCACAACUAUCAAAAGGUAAGUUGGUACUGUAUAGUAUACAAGAACGUCAGUACUGUAUUUUGAGCAAUUGAUUUGGUACUGUAUUGUACGAAUGUAUAGUACACAACUAACUUAGUACUGUAUAGUAUGCAAGUAGCUAGGUGCUGUAUAGUACAAAAUUAAGUUUUCUAUUGUAUAGUAAGUAAGAUAGUACUGUAUAUUCACAAGUAAAUUAAUACUGCAUAGCACGUAAGUAAAUCUUGUACUAUAGAGUACGAAAGUAAGUUAGUAAUGUAUAGCAUGUAAUUUAGUAUGUACUGUAUAGUACGCAAUCAGAUUGUUAAGCCAGUAUUAAAAAACUUUUGUUUUAGCACGUCGACAAGCUUCGCCAGGGCUUCAACGCCGGCGUGAAUAAGAGCUAUGAAGCUAGAAUUUCCCAUUUGAAAACAUUGGCACGCCUUUUGACUGAAAAUGAAGAACGUUUUGUCAAGGCACUGUAUCAGGAUUUGAGAAAGGUAAGUGCUCUAUCGUUCUUUAGGCUUUAACAUACCUUCGGCUCUAUCGUACUUUAUGCCCUACUGUACCCUAGGCCUUAACGUACCCUAGGCUCCAACGCACCCUCGGCCCUACCUUAAGCCCUACCAUACCCCACCUUACUCUAGGCCUUACAGUACCCUAGUCCUUACCUAUUUUAAAUUCUACCGUACCCUAGGCCCUAACGUAUCCUAGGUCCUAACGUACAACAGGUCCUACUAGACCAUAGGCGUCACCCUACCCUAGGCUUCACCGUAUCUUAGGCCUCACCGUACCCUAGGCCCUACUGUGUCCUAGGCUUUACUGUGCUCUAGGUCUUACUGUACGCUAUGCCCUAACGUACCCUAAACUCUAACGUACCCUAGGCCCUACCGUAUCCUAGGCCUUACUGUACCCAAGGCCCUAAUGUCCCUUAGGCUUUACUGUACCUUAGGCUCUACUGUACCUUAGGCCUUACCGUACCCUAGGCUCUACUGUGUCUUGGUCCCACACUUAAGUCCCUACUGUAUUCUUGACCUUACCGUUGUGCACUAUAUUUUACUUUACUCGAUAGUCUUACCUUACUCUAUAGCCAACUAUACUUAAUACUCUACCAUUUUUAGCCAGAACUCGAAGCGAAAUCCAAUGAGACCACGUUCACUCUGGGUAAAAUCAACCACGCCAUAGCCAACCUCAGUAAAUGGAUGGUACCACAAAAGGUCGACCGAACCAUUACUCAAGCCCUAGACAGUGCUUAUCGCCAUCCCGAACCAUUAGGAGUGGUACUGAUUAUUGGCCCAUGGAACUUCCCAUUCUUGCUUACAGUAUCCCCAAUCAUUGGAGCUUUGGCCGCUGGUAAUACUGUACUUUUGAAGCCUUCCGAGCUGGCACCAGAGACUGAACGAUUGUUUUUGGAAAUCUUCCCGAAAUAUUUUAGAGAUGAUGUGGUCAAGGUGGUACAGGCUGACGCUAAACAAACUGGGUGAGUUGAAAUUGCAGGAACUUUUUUUAAAAAACGAAAAAUGGCAAGAACUUUCUUUACAAAACGAAAAAUGGCAAGAACUUUCUUUACAAAACUAAAAAUGGCAAGAACUUUCUUUACAAAACGAAAAAUGGCAAGAACUUUCUUUACAAAACUAAAAAUGACAAGAACUUUCUUUACAAAACGAAAAAUGGCAAGAACUUUCUUUACAAAACGAAAAAUGGCAAGAACUUUCUUUAAAAAUCAAAAAAUGGCCUAGUUUCACUAUCCAUCGUAUAACAUGUGCUUUGCAGCCUGCAAAUAGCUUCUAAGCUUUAAAAAUGAGUUUAAGUUGGCGAAAGUGGUCGAAACUUUCUUUACAAGACAAAAAAUGUAAAAAACUUUCUUUACAUAACAAAAAUAACUUAUGUAAUUUUACUAUCCAUCGUAUAAAAUGUCCUUCGCAACCUGAAAAUAGCUUAUAAUCUUUAAAUGAGAGUUUAAAUUGGCGAAAGUGGCAAGAACUUUCUUUACACAACAAAAAAUGGCAAGAAAUUUCUUUACAAAUCAAAAUAUAGCAAGAACUUUCUUUACAAAUUAAAAAAUGACAUUAUUUCAUUAUCCAUCGUAUAACAUCUCACCCGCAGACUGCACAGUGCAAAAUGACAAUCUUUUAUAGAAUGUCAAAAAUCUUGUUUAAAAGUUUCAAAUGAUGAAAUUUUAAAUUUACAGUGAGAUUCUAAAAAUCCCCUUCGACCACAUUCUCUUCACCGGUUCAUCUCCAGUCGGCAAGAUCAUUAUGCGAGCUGCGGCCGAGCAUCUGACCCCAGUUACCUUGGAACUUGGCGGCAAAGAUCCAGCAGUCGUAGCACCAGAUGUUGACAUCAGAAUUGCGGCACGGCGAAUCAUGUGGGGCAAGUUAUUAAACAAUGGCCAGGCGUGCAUAUCACCCGAUUAUGCCAUGGUAAUUGGCAAUACCGAGAGGAAAAACAAGUUCGUAGUGGAGUGUAUCAACUGCAUCAAGGAAUACUAUGGCGAAAAUGUGCAUGACAGCAAGGAUUAUGGCAGGAUUAUCAAUGAAAAGAACUUUGAGUGAGUUUUUUUUUAAAAAUUUUUUUUAAAAUUUUUUGAGAAAAAAUUUAGUCUUUUAGGUAAAAAUGACAAGAACUUUCUUUACAAAAUAAAAACUGGCAAGAACUUUCUUUACAAAAUAAAAACUGGCAAGAACUUUCUUUACAAAAUAAAAACUGGCAAGAACUUUGUCUACAAAACACAAAAUGGCAAGAACUUUCUUUACACAUCAAAAAGUUGAAAGAUUUACAUACCCAUCGUAUAACUUUUCGCUCGCAGCUUGCAGUUAGUUUUUAAUUUAAGAAAGUGCUUUUGAAUUAUGACUUUUGCCAUUAAAAAAUGGCAAAAACUUUCUUACAAAACGUAAAAUGGCAGGAACUUCGUUUACAAGGCUUAAAAUAAAAAUAACUUUCUUUACAAAACAAGAAAUGGCCGGAACUUUCUUUACAUAUUUUUUUAAUGAAAAAAUGUCUUAUUAUAAUGUUAAUUCAUCAGCAAUUAGUGACUUUUUGUAAUGUUUCAUGAAAUGUUAAAACAAAAUUUGUAACGGAAUCGAUUACAACAUUUAUUUAUUUAGUAGUUGAUUCGAUUUGUAACCUGUCAUUAAGUUUGUAGAAUGUUUCUUUUACAAUUUGAUCAAUCAAUGAUUCCAAAACACAAAAGUCAAAAUUAAAAUGGCAAGAACUUUCUUUACAAAUCAAAAAAUGGCAAGAACUUUCUUUACAAAACAAAAAGCAGUUCAAUUUUGCUAUUUAUCGUAUAACUUGUCACCCGCAGUCUACAAGUUGCUUGAAACCUCUAAAAGUGCAUUUAAAGUAUCAAAAAUGGCAAGAACUUUCUUUACAAAACCAAAAUGGCAAGAACUUUCUUUACAAAACCAAAAUGGCAAGAACUUUCUUUACAAAACCAAAAUGGCAAGAACUUUCUUUACAAAUCAAAAAAUUAUAAAUGAUCUAACAAAACUUUGAUUUUAGUCGUCUUUGUCACCUAAUCGACAAGACCGAUGGCAAAAUCCUGUACGGUGGUCGCCGUGAACGUGCCGAGAAGUUCAUCGAGCCUACCUUAAUAUCAGUGGAAGAAGAUGACAUCACCAUGGACGACGAAAUCUUUGGUCCCAUUCUACCCAUCUUCAGUGUACCAACUGUAGAUGAGGCCAUCAAGUCGAUUAAUAGACGUGAAAAACCCUUGGUACUGUACCUUUUCACCGACAGUAAGGAUACGGUAAAGCAGGUGAAGGAGAACACAUCGUCCGGUACUCUGACUAUCAAUGAUACUAUCAUGCACUUCACCGUGGAAACACUGCCAUUUGGUGGGGUGGGCAACUCGGGCAUGGGCAAAUAUCAUGGCAAGGCUGGCUUUGACACUUUUUCGCAUUUCAAAAGUGUUCUGCACCGGUCUUCUUGGUUUGAAUCCAUGUUAUCGUAAGUUGGGGAGGGGGGAGGGUUACAGUAUGUGGGUAUAAAAGGUAGGGUAGGGUAAGGUACGGCAAUAGAAAUCAGUGCAUGGCAUUGCUGGGCAGGACAAAGCAGGGCAUGAAAUGUCAGGGCAGGGCAUGAGAGGGUAGGAUAGGGUAGGGCAUGGGAGAGUAAGGUGUGGUAGGGCAGGGCAUUUGUCACGACAGGGCAGGACAGAGAGGGCAUGACUGGACAGGGCAAGGCAUGACGGAGAAAAGCAUGACAGGUCAACGCAAGACAAGGCACGGCAAGCCAGGAUAUGACAGGUAUGACAGGGCCGGCCAGAUCGUGACAGGGCAGGGCAUGACAGAGUAGGGUAGUUUAGGGUAGGGUAGGAUAAGGUAGGGUAAUAAAAAAAAAUUGUUUUAGAGCCCGAUACCCUCCUUUCGAUGCUAAAAAGCUUCGGUUUAUGUUGAGAUUGAUCACGUUGAGCAAGUAUCGUUCUCCCAUAUGA